ACUGCGUUUGUUUCGCUUGCGCAGCGCCAUAAAACAAGCAAGAGUAAGAAGCUGAUGUUGAAGCUUAUUGCUGCAAGGAAAUGGCAUCGGACAGUCACAUAAAGAUAGGAAUAAUUGGUGGAUCUGGUCUGGAUGAUCCAGAUAUUCUGGAGGGAAGAACAGAACGAUAUGUAGUCACACCAUUUGGAAAGCCAUCUGAUGCGCUAAUUUUGGGCAAAAUAAAGAAUGUUGAAUGUGUUCUUCUUGCAAGGCAUGGGAGACAACACACCAUCAUGCCCACCAAUGUAAAUUACCAGGCCAAUAUUUGGGCAUUGAAGGAAGAGGGCUGCACUCACCUGCUAGUCACCACAGCAUGCGGUUCUCUCAGAGAGGACAUCCAGCCUGGGGACAUUGUUUUGAUUGACCAGUUUAUUGAUAGGACAACAAAACGUGUUCAGACAUUCUAUGACGGGCAGCCCACCAGCCCUCCAGGUGUGUGUCACAUCCCUAUGGCUGAACCUUUCUGCAGCAAGACAAGAGAGGUUCUCCUGGAGGUUGCCCAGGCACUUGGUGUGAAGUGUCAUAAUCGAGGGACAAUGGUGACCAUAGAGGGUCCUCGUUUCUCCUCCCGGGCAGAGAGCCUAAUGUUCAGACAGUGGGGUGCUGAUGUCAUUAACAUGUCCACAGUACCGGAGGUGGUUCUUGCCAAGGAGGCUGGGCUGUGCUAUGCUAGUAUUGCAAUGGCAACUGAUUAUGACUGCUGGAAAGAGCACGAAGAGGCGGUGUGUGUGGACAAUGUUCUAAAAACCAUGAAGGAAAACGCAAACAAAGCUAGCAGCAUCCUGCUCACAGCAAUCCCACAGAUCAGCAAGAUGGACUGGGAGAGCACAAUAAAUGCACAAAAAUCGAUUUCACAGUCUUCAGUAAUGUUGCCCAAACAUUAAAGUACUCUGCCAUCAAGGAGUCAUGAAGAUGUGCCCACAAAUGCAAUCAUGUAUCUGUAAACUAACAAGUGUGUCAUUGUUACAGCUAUAUGAACCUAAAUAAAAUAAAAAAUAAAAUAAAAGGGUUUUGUUUGUCAGCCACACUGAUAUGAAUGUGCAGUUACCACUCUUUAAAAUAAAGUAUUGUUUUUUUGUUGUUGUUUUGUCAGCCACACUGAUAUGAAUGUGCAGUUACCACUCUUUAAAAUAAAGUAUUGUUUUUUUGUUGUUGUUGUUUUGUCAGCCACACUGAUAUGAAUGUGCAGUUACCACUCUUUAAAAUAAAGUAUUGUUUGGUUUUUUUUUGUUUUUUUUUUUACAAUUAGACAUAAUGCAUGGAAGCAUUAGUAAAGGGAAUGGACAAGAUUGUUUGAGUCUUGAAUGUUUUUUUGUUUUUUUUCAGUGCCUUUUAAAUGUAGUAAAUAUAGCAGUUGUGUAUUUGGUUGUUUAUAUAGCUAAAUACAUUUCUCUCAUACCCAAAAAUAAAUGUAUGUUUUUUCCAUUCAGUUUGCCACAUUUCAAUGAGAAAUGCUGAAACUUCUCCAUUUUGUGUCAGCAGAGCAUUUGUUUUACCAGAGAUUUGUAAAGAACAGAUGUCUAUUUGUAACAAAAAUUGUUAAACUGGUUGCUUGUCAGAAAAGAAAAAAAACUUGUUUUCCUUCAAGCAAUCUAAACAGAAAUAUGUUCAUUGUUUUUAGAAAUAUGAAUAAUAUUAGAAAUAAUAUUUCUGUUUUCAAAAUGGAGGCCUUCCUAAUCUGACUUUGAUUUAGUAGUUUCUGAACUUUUCUGUUCUUUCCAUGAGAUUAGAUCAGUUUGCAGAAAUAAUUUUACAAAUAGAGAGAGAGAUAAACUCCCAAAUUAAUAUUCCACAAAUAAUUAUGUUUGAUACUUUAAACGUAAUUCUGUAUGCAAAAUCCAUCUUUAAAAAAAUUACAUGUUUUUUGUUAUUUAUUUAUUUAGUUUUCUACAUUUAGUUCUCUAACAACUCAUAGUGUCAGUAUCUGUAUUCCACACAGGUUUUUUU